GCCACCUCCACUUCUCUUCCUCGCUUGUUUUCUCAGAAGCCCGCUGUUUCACUACGUGCGAAAAAAAGCCCUAAUUUGCCUUCAAUUCAGUUGAUCGAAUGAAUAAGCGCCCUUGCAUCGGAACAUCGUCGAAAAACCUCGACGCGGAGGCUGUCGGAGAACCGAAGACGGCUUCUCAGCCCUGCGCCGGCGGCGAUCCGUCGCGGUCCAAGCUUCUCACCGUCGGUAAUCCGGUAGGAGAAUUUAAUAGAGCCAGAUCUGGUGGAUUUUUGAACCAGUGUGGCUACUGCAAGAGGCAAAUUCCGAGCAAUUCCGACAUCUUUAUGUACGGAGACUUGUGUGGAUUCUGCUCAGCCGAAUGCCGCGACAAGCAGAUGGAGCGGGAUCAAUCCGCAAAGGCAAAGCAGCGAGCAAAUGCCAAAUUGAAAUGAUGAGAAAAAUGUAGUCUAAAUUGUAGCAAUUUCAGUACUAAGAGUAGAUGCGUUGGCCGUAAAUUUUAAAGAUCACGGCUCACGCUUCUAUCUGGAAGUAGCUAGAUAUUUUACAGAUCUACUCUUCCACUUAUACUACUCCACCCCUAUAGGCUAUGUAGUUUUUUUUUCUUUCUUUCUUUUCUAAAAAAUCUUGACGAAUAAAACUUGGUGUCUAGGUGCUUGUAUGAGCUUGUUUGUUAGCGUGAUAAUGGUGUAAUAAAUAUCUAUUAUAGUUUUA